AUGCGAUUUUCGAAGUUGGUAAUCGACAAGCGGUCUACUUUAUGCAGUAUUCAUGAAAUGUAUAGAAAUGAAUUUGCCCAUAAUUAUACACCAAAUAAACAAUCAGAAAACUUUCAAUCCGAAAGAAAUAUUUAUGAAUCAGUAGAAAAUCAUUGGGAAACACAUAGUUUUAGCAAUACAGAAUUUUCUUUAAAAAGAGAAUCAGGAAGUACAGAAAUAGAAGAAAGAAGCAUAUUUGUUGAAAGAUUAGAGGAUAAAAAUGCUGCAUUUAUAGGAUCAACAAUAAAACACAUAUUUUCAAGACUAUUCUACGAGAAAUGUUCUGAAAGUUCAAAACUUAAGAACUUUUCUACAAUCGAUUGGGUCGAUGAAAAUACUAAAGAAAGAGAUAGAAAACAAACAAUUCGGAAAUUGAGAGGCAUUUGGGGAAAAAUAUACCAGUUCUGGGAUUUUAGUCAAUUGUGGGUUAUUAUUAUUACUACUGGCAUUUCUAUUGGCGUUAUUUCUGGUUUUAUAGAUAUUGUUUCAGGUUGGCUUUCGGAUAUAAGAGAAGGAUACUGUAAAUCUGGAUUCUAUUUAAAUCGUAAUUUUUGUUGCUGGGUUCCACAAGAAGCAAAACAAGUGGAAAAAACAUGUCAUGAUUGGGUUUCGUGGAAAGAUGCAUUUAACAUACUAAAAAAAGAAUCAUAUAUUGUUUCAUAUAUUUUUUACAUUAUUUUUGUUACACUUUUUGGACUCAUUUCAUCAUUUCUUGUUAAUAGUUAUGCAUGUUAUGCAAAAAAUAGUGGGAUAUCUGAAAUUAAAAUUAUACUUAGUGGUUUUGUCAUGCAUAGGUUUCUUGGAAAGUGGACACUUAUUAUUAAAAGUUUAAGCGUGUGUCUUUCUAUAGCAUCCGGCCUCUGGAUAGGCAAAGAAGGACCUUUAAUUCAUAUAGCUUGUUGUUGUGCUGAUUUCUUUUUUAAAAUUUUUAGUACUGCUAAAGAAAAUCAAGCUAAAAAAAGAGAAAUAUUGUCAGCGGCAGCAGCAGCAGGCACUUCUGUAGCAUUUGGUGCACCUAUUGGAGGUGUUUUAUUUGCUCUUGAGCAAUUGUCAUAUUAUUUUCCAGAGAAAACUAUGUGGAGAAGUUUUGUAUGUGCAAUGAUUAGUGCAAUGUCUUUAAAAUUCAUCAACCCAUUUAGAGAUGGAAGACUUGUUAUUUACCAAGCAUUUUUUAAAGUAGAAUGGUAUAGUUUUGAACUUAUUCCAAUUUCUUUGUUAGGAGUGAUAGGUGGAUUGUAUGGUUUUUUAUUUAUUAAAUUUAAUAAAAAAAUACUAAAAUUAAAAUCUAAUUACAAAAUAACAAAUUAUCCUGUUCAAGAAGUGUUAGUCGUUACAUUUAUAACCGGUCUUAUUAAUUAUUCAAAUGUUCUCAUGAAAUUUCAACAUUCCAACCUUUUAGCACAGUUAUUUAAAAAAUGUAGUGAAAACGAUACUAUUGUAUUUUGCCUGAAAGAAAAUAUUAUAUCAUCAAUAUUUAUACUUCUAUAUGCAACUAUAUUUGGAAUCUUUUUAUCCUGCAUUUCUUUUGGAUUACAAGUGCCCUCUGGAAUUAUUUUACCAUCAAUGGUUAUAGGGGCUUUAUAUGGAAGGUUAAUUGGAAUAAUUUUGCAAUAUAUACAGCAUAAAAUACCUUCUGCCUGGGUCUUUAGUGCAUGUAAGCCAGAUAUAGAAUGUGUUGCUCCCGAAAUAUAUUCUAUUAUUGGUGCAGCAUCUGCAGUUGCAGGAGUAACAAGAAUGACAGUAUCUUUAGUAAUUAUUAUGUUCGAAUUAACUGGUGCUUUAACAUACGUACUACCAAUCAUGAUUGCAGUUAUGAUAAGCAAAUGGGUUAGUGAUGCAUUUGGGAAAUACGGAAUAUAUGAAAGCUGGAUUUAUUUGAAUAGUUAUCCAUAUUUAAGUAAAGAAUUAAAGAUUAAAAAUGAUACUAUUGAAAAUUAUAUCACGAGAGCGAACGAAUUAGUCACUAUUGCUGCUAAAGGACAUACAAUAAAAAGCUUAGAACUCUUACUUAAAAAUCAUACAUAUAGAGGAUUCCCUAUAAUAAAUAAUGAUGACGAUGCAAUUCUUAUAGGAUAUAUUUCUCGUUUUCAACUACAACUUGCUUUAGGAAAUUAUCAUUCUAUAAAUACUAAUACACUUCUAAUUUUUAAACAGAAAAAAACAAAAAUAUUUAUAAAUAUACUAGAAACAGUUACUGUCAUUUUUCUACUUUACAAUUUCCGGAUUCACCAGUAUAUGCAGAUUUUAGACCAUGGGUGGACAAGUCACCAUUUACAUUGUCUCCGAAAAGCAGUGUACAACUAA